GACAGUAUGUUCUAGGCAUAGAUAAAAGAAGAAGGUUCUAGGAAUGCUGCAUGCAGCUAUCUUCACGAUCAAUGUUUUUAUUUAUGUCAAAUUGCUAACUUGGUUAUUUGUAAAUAUUGAAUACAAAGUCUUCUUUUUCUCUCUCGAUUGCUGUAAAAACAAAAUCAUACUGCAAUUGAAGAACAUUAUUGUAUAUUAUUAAAUAAAUUGCAAGAAGUAUAAAAUCGCACUCUCCGCAAAUUAAUUUACAAAAAUGGGACGCCGCAAGUCGAAAAGGAAGCCACCAGCAAAACGUAAGGCAAUUCAACCUCUGGAUGUACAAUUCAAUUGCCCUUUUUGCAAUCACGAAAAAUCUUGUGAAGUUACAAUGGAUAAAGGGAGAAACACAGCCAGGAUAACUUGUAGGGUAUGCCUGGAGGAUUUUCAAACAACUACAAACUUUUUAUCAGAACCUGUUGAUGUUUACAAUGAUUGGGUCGAUGCUUGUGAAUCUGCCAAUUGAUUUGCCCCAUAAUAUAAGAUUAAUUAUAUUUUUAAAUUUAAUGGACACUAUUAUUUAAGUGAGUACUAUCGCAAAAUGAUGACGAUGGUGAAAUUUUAU